UUGAAUGACCCUUACUCCAACACAUCACGUCACUCAGUUCGUUCGUUGCCAGGGCUUCCUCAUCGUGCUCAUCUCCUCGACGAGAGUCACUCUAGGAGGGGGAAUCUCGAGAGCAUCAUCCCUCCCCUCCACGUCAAGUGCAGCUGUCAGUCCUAAGCUCUGCCCGCGGCCCGCUCAGCUGUGCCCGCUCAGCUCUGCCCGCCCAGCUCUGCCCCGCGCAGCUCUGCCCGCGCAGCUCUGCCCGCUCCGCUGUGUCCCAUUCACCGUCAGCCAAGCCUCGAUCGCCCACGUGUCUCUGCAUCCGGCUUUGGGCCACAAGAAAAGCGGAACCGUCGCUGUCACGUUCGCGAAACGUUUCGCACGAUCGCUACAGGCCACGCGUGUGAAGCGUUCGUCGAGUUGGCCUCAGCGGCUUCUCGAACCGGAAAUUAGCUUCCUUCUGCCGCUUCCUAAUCUCGGAGACUCCGCUAAGGCCCUCGCCACGUCACACACAGCACCUCGAGGACUCCCUUUCUGGAUAAGGCGGGGACCGCACGUAAUCUCGAUUCCUCUCACCAGGUUUUUGCUUUCGCUCUCCGGGAUUCUCGCCUGAUCGUUUUCAGGCCUCAUCUGCUCCGUUCUCUGUUAAUCGUGCGGCGGUGAGACGUGGGAACGACGGUUAAUUGCCCUGCGCCGGGCCGAGCGCAUGUUCCUGCCACCGAUAUGUUUCCGCUCGCCGGUUAUUUCCCGCCGCCGCGCCAAGAUUUGCCCAAACCCUCGUCGGAGCGUCUCUCGGCACGCACUCCAAGCACGGAGGCAGCUGCGGCUUUUGACCGUCCAAGAAGCCGGGCUGGUGAUCCAAAUCCCAACGUCUGCCGGUCACGUUCGCCGUCACGUUCAGAGUCACGUUCGGAAGGACGUCAGAACCCCGCGAAGAGUUUCUCCAGCAGCCGUGUUAGCAGCGAUCUCAGCUCCGAGCACUCAGCAAGCAGCAGCGAUCGCCUUCUGAAUCAAGAACGAGGGAUUAUCCCAGCAGCAGCAAGCAGCAGCGAGCCAGCAACUCUAGAUCGAGGGUUUCUUCGAGUCUUAGCAUCUCCGGACCUCGACAAACCUAUCCGUUUCGAGCCUUCCGAGCCUUCAGCCAGGGUCAAGCCGUUAACGCAAACAAGCACAACGAGCGAUUCGUUCUUAGUAUCGACGAACUCCGGCGCGCUUCUGCACGUGACUGGCUCUGAGUCGCCCUCUGUCCCGCACCACCGGGAUCUGUUGUUAGGCGUCGCGUCGGCGCCGGGGACUCUGAUGACGUCACCCGAACGGAUGGACGCGUUCGAAGCGCUGGUGAGAGCGACGAGCCAAGAAUUGCCGCUUCACGCGGCGGUUGACGCGGAGGCAGUGAAGAAUAAGCAGCGAGUUGAAGCCGCCGAGCCGCACGAUGGCUCCUCGAGCCGUAUCGUCGCGUCGUCGUCGUCGGCCGCGGCCUCUCUUCCCGCCGCCGCUUCUAUAGGCGCCGCGGAUGACGCCGGAACCGCCGCCGGAGAAGCGGCAGCCGGCAGUCUGUCAAAACCGUCUGUUCAGCCGUCAGCCGACGUUCCCGAUGCCAGUCGAGCAGUCGGCGCUGCGGAAGUCGUCGCAGACGUUGACGUUGACUUUUCUAACGCGUCCCCGUCGAAGAAGGAACUACAUGACGCCUUGAACGUUACUUCGAAGAAUUUUAGCCCGAGGCGGCAAAACGCUGACAGCGAAAGCCCUGCUGACGGCAGUCCGACGGGCGUUCGCGGAAACGUAACUGACUGCGGUAGGAGCCAGCAGUUCAAGGUGAGGUGGGGAAAGGUGUCGCCCGCAGACCUGCUGCUUCUAUUGAGCCCGACUGUAGCGAGUUCCGCCAAGGUUCAGCCGACGGGCGGCGGUCCGUACGGAUGCGGCGUUUGCGAGAAACGGUUUCCGUCACUGAACGCGCUGGACGCGCACGACCACUCCUCUCACGGAACCGGCGUUCGGCAUGGUUACCAGGAUGUUGACGAAAUUUCGCCAGAAGCUGCAGGGUUGCUUAGAGGCAGGGCUGUACGUAAGGGGAGAAUUACGGCGGCUGCAGUUGCUGGAAGGGUAGUAGGAGAUUCGAUAUACGAGAGUACGGAUCCUCUAUAUGUGAAACCACAAGGCGGCGCAUAUCGAAGCAAGCGGCUGAGGGUUGACAAAAUUCAGCAGCCUGCAAGCACCGAUCUGUUCGUCGAGCGCGAGCCUGCAGGUUCGGUCCGAGGCAAACUCGCAGCCUCGGCAGCAGCGGAGGGAAGAGGCGGGGUUCACGGUCAACUAGGGUUGUGUGAAGGAGACGCGAUGGCGAGGGGUAGGGUUAAGGUUACUUCCCCGGUAGCCGGUGGUUCCAGAUCUAAGCGGUCGAAACUAAUCGCGGCGGCAGUCGCGGCGGCAGCUGCGGCGGACGAGCAUCGUCUCGCGGCUGACGCGGCGGCGGCGGAAGACGCGGCCGAAGGCGCGGCGCAAGACGCGCGCGCGCCUGCGCGGAGCGAUGCGGAGGAUGGAGUGGGGGUCAGCGGUGGCGGUAAUGUUGGCGCGAGAGCGGAGAAUCAGCAGGAGGAGGUCGCCACGCGGAAGGGAAGGGGCAGGGGGAAGGAAAAGGGCGGGGGGAAGGAAAGGGGCGGGGGGAAGGGGAAAUCGCAGCGAAGGGGAAGGUUGACGGGAAGAAAGACUGAGGCAGUUUCAGGUUUGGCAGGGGAAGAGGGUGCAGGAGGGGCGGGAGGGGAACGAACCUCAACAUUAGGUUCGGCCGAAGCUCGGACGUCAGGGGAAGAGAAGUUUGGGGAGGGGAAAGUGGAGCCCGAGGGUGUGACGAUUUCUGGGCUUGCUCGCAACAGCAAGCAGAAGAGAAAGGGAGAGAUGUCUGCAAUGGAAGCGACCCAGCACUUAGCUAAGUGCCAAGUUUCCCAUGAUUCGUCGGAGAGGGGAGCCAAGGGAAGCCGGACGCAGUUCACUCAGAGUUCUGGUUCUGCUUUGGGACCAAGCGGAGAUCUGCUAAGUCUUAUAGCGAGUCAGCAGCCAAUGAUGAAGCAGACUUGGCAGAAACAACACGGGGAGAGACAGCAGGAGGAAGGAAAGCAGCUGGGAGUGCAGGCAGGUGCGCAGCCACACUUGCAGCCCGGCAUGCAGUGUAGCACAGAGGAGUAUCAGCAAGACCAUCAAGACCAGCAGCAGCAGCAGCAGAUACAGCAAUUGUCACUUUUGGAACAACUACAAGAGAUGCUACAGCUACAGAUUCAGCAGCAGCCACAGCAGCAGCCACAGCAGCAGCAAAAUAUCAAUCAGCAGCAGCAACACCAGAAUUUGGAUCAGCAGCAGAAACUGCAAGCCCCAGGCCUGCAUGCUCCCAACAUUUCAUUUGCCCGAAGCUCCUCCCAGCCUGCCCGCCCAUCCCUUUCCAACGUCCCUUCCUACACGUCCAUGCCCGUUUCCCCACACCCAUCCCACAGACACCCCGCUCCCUCUGCCGCGCCUGCAUUCCGCACCCCGUCUUCCCAUACCCUUGCCUCUUCUCCCCCUCCACUCCCUCCUCCUCACUCCCUUGCCUCAGCUGCAGUGUUUCCUGCUCGCUCCCCUGCCCCUGCCACCCAGUUCAGAUCAUCCGUCCUCCACUCUCCUGUUCCUCCUGCCAGCCGCACACCAGGAGCCGUUCUACAAUCCCCACUCACACCUGAAAGUGCAGCAGCCGUUUCACCGAACCCAGGAGCAAUGUCAGGUGCAGCGUCAGGGGUAGCAGCAGCAUCAGGUGCAACUCAGGGCACGUGUGGUCUAUCUGGGGAGCAUGCGCUGCGCAGUGCGCUUGUUUCUGCUAUUAUGAGCAGGAUCGGCCAAAUCACAGGGCAGGGAGGUCCGACACAGUCACAUGCACAGAUGCUGGCACAGCUGCAGUCGCAAGUGCUGGGACAAGCAGAAACAAAUCCAGGAGCAGCAUCUGCUGGGAUACGGCCACACGCUCUUGCGCAUGGGCCAAUAAUGCAGCAGCCAGUCCCGGCAGCAGCAGCACCAGCAGGAGCACGGGCGCCGCCAGGCCAGACUGCCAGUACUGCUCUUGCUGGUUCUGCCCAUUCUGCAAGUGCAUAUUUUGUUGGCACACAGAGAGAUGGGCCUACGCAGAAUGGGAGUGGACAGGGGACUCGAGGUUUUUCUGAUCUGGAUCUGGAACUGAGACUGUAAAUGGGUUUAGCUAUUGCUUAUAGUGAUUACAGUUUACUAACUGAUUGUCUGACUUCCUUGUAAUGUAUGGUGCGCUGGCAGUUCUUUGGAUUAC